AAUCCCAUAAUCCUAUCUCACUCAUCGUAUGAAUUGGGUGUCAACACAUUAAAAAUUCUCUUGUUAAAAUAUAUUGCUCUUUAUUUUGUUAGCUUAAAUAUAUUGCUUGGUCAUUUGGAUAAGUUUUUAGUCGUUUCACUAAAAGAUCAAUUCGUUAUAUCGAUCAUGAUGUUCAGUAGACAAGCAGCUGAAGACACUAAUUUGCCUAAAGACUAUUUCAGAUUUUGGAGUCACGAUAAAAAAGAACUCACUCCAGGUUUGCCGGAUAUGUCUGUAUUUUCACAUAAACGAAGCGACCUGAUAUUUGAAGAUCCACGGAAUUCGCCGCCUUCUUUUAAAACACAUAAGCAUUCUUUAGUGCAACACGCCCCUUACUUAUCACCAACAACUUUUUCUCCAAAACAACAAUAUAUGUUGUCUCCAUUACCGACUCCGAAACCACCUAUUUCUUAUUUUUCGUCUGCUUUACCGGCUCCAAAACCACCUAUUCCCCCAUUGCCGAUUUUGCCACUUAAGCAACACACUUGUAUAAAAGGAUGUCUUCAAUGUAGUGGACUUACUAACUUAGAUAUAGCCGCGUUCUAUUGGUCAAUGUUAGCUAUGCGUGGGUACCCAGAUUUAAAAGCAAGAACAGAUCCGAAUGAACUACAACAACCAAUGUCUCCACCUUCAAAUCCUGAUUUAACAUUUUCGAAACCAUUUAGUCCAUCGGAUAGUUUAUCAAGUGCUGAUUCUGAGCCUCUUUCACCAACAAGUUCAUUAUCCAGCGAUUAUGCAAAUAAAGAUACUAGUAUGAAGUGUCAUGUAUGUCAUAAGUCCUAUUCUCACUCUCGAUUAUUGAACAGACACAUGCAGUCUCAUACAUCGUACAAGAAACAUCACUGCCCACGAUGUCACAAAGGAUUUAACGAUGCCUUUGAUUUGAAACGUCAUAUAAGAACUCAUACUGGUAUUAAGCCUUUCCAAUGUGGUAUGUGUGAAAAGUCGUUCACUCAGCGCUGUUCACUUGAAGCUCAUAUGACGCGAGUUCACAACAUUUCACAAAAAUUUGCUUUUCGAGAAAGGCGUCCGAAACUUUUUGUUUGCGAACAAUGUGGGACAACCUUUUUGGAUAACACCAAAUUCCGUCAACAUGAAAAAGAGGGACAGUGUAUGUCAGGAAUUAUGAAAAAAUAAAAGGUGAUUAGCAAUGAUGAAGAUGAAGAUGAUAAAAAUACAAUUUUUAAUUAAAAAGUAAAGCUAGCAUCUUAGCAUUCCUCAAAGUGUAUCCGUCCUCAAAGAUCGAUUUUUUUUUUCUAUUUGUUUGAAAACGUCCUUUAUAAUUACGGACAUAUGUUACGGUUGAGCUCCUUUUUACAACUUAUAUUAAGUUAACCAAUAGUUGCUCAACUAAUUUGCCUUUUCGGGCAAGAUUAUAUAAUAUUAUGUUUUUUUGUAUAUUGUUUUGUUUUUCUGUAAAUACGGCGCCUAAGUCUAGAUUUAAUGCCAACUAUGCUUACAAUAAAAAUCAAGUAAUGUUGAUGAUUUAUCUUGCUUUGAUAAAUAUUCAAAAAGCUUCAAAUCCACAAAGAGUUUUACUUAAAAUAUAAAUAAAUUUUCUUCUUAGAAAUUUUCAGGCAUUUAAUCUAGGUUUGCAUUUACGUGGACAAUUUAAUCACGUGUAAAGGCAUAUAUUACGCGUUAAGGUUAUUUUAGGUAAUGAUAUUGUUGUUUAGUUUAAACUGUUCCGUUUCCAUCUGAUUAAAGAUUUUUUUUUAACAAAAUCAAAAAAACAAUAGUGAUGAAACAAAAACUAUAACGACAACAGUUAUCGUUUUUGUGACGAUGGAAACGAAUAGAAAUAAACAAAUACAAGUAGUUAAACUUUUUUUAGAUAUUAUAUUUUAGAAAAUUAUGUUUUAUAUUUGUGGUUUGUGAUUCUCUACAUUAGAGACUGUUAUUUUUUUAAUAUAAAACUUUAUUUUAAACAGAGAUUGUUGCUUACCUAACGUAAUCAUGUUUUUUUAAUGAUAGAAAAAAACUGUUUUACCGAUAACACAUUCUGUCUAGUAAUUCUGUCAAUAAUUCUUUUCUGUACUUUGACACUCGUAAAUUUAUAAUAAAAAUUAAAGUAAAUUUAUUUUAGACAUUGAAAGGUUGUUCGUUUUAAAUAUUUUACAGUUUAAGAAUUGGAACAGUUUUUUUCAAAAAUUGUUUUUCAUAAAAUUUUUUUAACUUGUAGAUGCUAAAAUGGUUUGUAGACUCAAGUUUAUUACAGUAUUUUUUUGUAGAACUUUUUUGUAGGAUAAUAAAAUCUGUAAAUAUUAUAAUAACUAAUAGUUUUUUGUUUGUA